AUGUUGCGCACGUCGAUCCCCUUGCGCGCGUCGUUCGCAGCAGCUUCGCGUCGCAGCUCCAUCGCAACGCGCUCUGCGUCGUCACUGCCGUCCUUCGCGACGGUCGACCCGAACUGUAGCGGGGCCCACCCCGCCACUGGCUUCAACUUGGUGAACGGCGAGUGGACGCAGACCGCCAGGACCGAGACGAUCCUCGACCCGCUGAAUGGAGAGGCGUUCAUGACUAUGCCACUGACGCAGAAGGACGAGCUGGCGCCGUUUGUCGAGAGCAUGACGAGCUGCCCCAAGCACGGCCUGCACAACCCGUUGAAGAACGUCGAGCGCUACACUAUGUACGGCCAGGUCUGUGCCAAGGCGGGCGCCAUGUUCCGAGAAGAGCACGUGGCCGACUACUUUGCAAAGCUCGUGCAGCGCACGUCGCCCAAAAGUUACUUCCAGGCUCGGAAUGAAGUGAAAGUGACGGGCAAGUUCCUCGAGAACUUCUCGGGCGACCAAGUGCGCUUCCUCGCGCGCUCGUUUGGUGUACCGGGCGAUCACAAGGGGCAAGCGAGCCACGGCUACCGUUGGCCGUAUGGUCCUGUGGCACUGAUCACGCCGUUUAACUUUCCCAUUGAGAUCCCUGUGCUGCAGAUGAUGGGUGCUUUGUUCAUGGGCAACAAGGUGCUACUGAAAGUCGACUCUAAGGUGUCGAUCGUCAUGCAGGAAACGUUGCGCCUACUGCACGAGUGCGGGAUGCCCAUGACCGACGUGGAUUUCAUCAACUCGGAUGGCGCGGCAAUGAACGAACUGCUGUUGAAAAUCAAGCCACGCAACACGCUGUUCACUGGAUCGCAAGCUGUUGCGGAGAAGCUUGCAAAGGACCUGAACGGUCGCAUAAAGCUGGAAGAUGCAGGUUUUGACUGGAAGGUGCUCGGUCCAGACGUUACUGACUUUGAUUACGUCGCAUGGACUUCUGAUCAGGACGCGUACGCUUGUUCUGGACAGAAAUGCUCGGCGCAGUCCGUGUUGUUCAUGCACAAGAACUGGGCGAAGGCUGGCUUGGAGAAGAAGCUUGUUGAACUCGCUUCUCGACGAAAGCUGUCGGAUCUAACGAUUGGCCCCGUGCUGACGGUCACCACGAAGCGUAUGCUCGAUCACGUUGAUGCUCUGUUGAAGAUUCCAGGCGCGCGUGUUGCGUUUGGAGCUGAAGAGCUUGAGAACCACACGAUUCCGGAGAAGUAUGGUGCGGUGAAGCCCACCGCUGUCUUUGUUCCGCUCAAGGAGUUUAUCAAGCCGGAGAACUUUGAGCUCGUGACGACCGAGAUUUUCGGUCCUUUCCAGAUUCUGACCGAGUACGAUGACAACGAGCUGCCCCAUGUCCUAGAUGCUUUGGAGCGUAUGGACGCUCACCUGACCGCUGCUGUGGUCUCGAACGACCUGGAGUUUACCCACGAAGUGCUUGCGGCUACGGUGAACGGCACGACCUACAGCGGCAUCCGUGCUAGAACAACGGGUGCGCCUCAGAACCACUGGUUCGGCCCUGCCGGUGACCCAUGCGCAGGCGGUAUCGGUACGCCUGAGGCCAUUAAGAUGGUGUGGUCUUGCCACCGCGAGAUCAUCAACGAUGUCGGUCCCGUGCCCGCGAACUGGGUGAUUCCUGAGGCCACGUAA